GUGGUAGGUUUAGGAAAUCUGAAGCUAAAAACAAGACCUGAAGGAUUCAGGAAGAAAAUGCCAGCUGCACAUCUCACAGUAGUUAGUGUGAGUGGCACCUUAGGAACGCCAAUUUGUCUUGGGCAGAAGCCAGUAACUUUUGGACUGGAUGAAACUAAUGAUGUCAGGAUUCAGAGGAAGGAUGUGUCCAAUGUGCAGUGCAAGGUGGAUUUCACAAAUCAGGGAUUGGGUGUGCUGGAGAAUCUCAGUGCUGCCCAUCCAACACUGCUAAAUGGAGAAAUAGUGCGUAGCAAGAGGGAUUUAUAUGAUGGUGACACCAUAACCAUUGGGGGUCGCUCAUUCAGAUGGACAUAUCCUGAAGGAAGCAGGCUUUCUACUAUGAAGAGAUCCAAAGGAGGAGUGAUGGAAAAUGGGAUUUCCCGAGCUUCAACUCUAAUUCAACAGAGUAGAAAAUCGGUCUCCUUCGGACCAGAGCUAAGUCCAGAACAGUUUGAUCAAGCUCUGCCUCCUUCUGUUCCUGUGAAGCGUGGUGCAAAGCCUCUUCAUGGUGCCAGUGCACAGUCAAGUCCUUGUCAAGGAUCAUCACCUCUGAGGUUGACCCCAACACCCAUGAAGGGUUCCCAAGCCAUUCAUAUACAAGGACAAGAGACAACACCAGCAUCAGGUGGAGAAGGAGGUAUCAGGGAAAAAUUCAGACAAGGUUGGUCUUCAUUGUUAUCUUCGAGUGUGCCUGGGAAGCAGAAUGUUAAGUGCUUCUAUGGGCAGAAUGGCAGUGAUAAGCCAAAGCCAGGCCUUGCCAGGAGUAUGAAAAGAGUUUCUACUGUAUCACCAUUGGCUGGAUUACAGCAGAAAACAGCUGCUGCCCUUAAAGCAUCCGUAUCCACUCCAUCUGAACAGUCAUGUGUGAUGCCUCUGAAACGAGCAGAGCUGGCAGAGGUGAAUGCAUCAUUCACAACUGGAAAGGAGUUGCUUGCAGCUACAAGCAAGAUCCCAAAACCCAUUAUGGUAAAAACAGGAAGUCCACCUAUGUCUAUGAAUGGCUCAAAAAUGGUUUCCUCUCAGCGAUUGCGAAGUCCUCGAUUUCAGAAGAAUUUGAAGUCCUCCACCCUUGGAAAAUCUCUAGUCAAUUCAGGAAUGACACCUGAACAGAAGAGUACCACCCCAUCAAAUGCUACAGCUCAAUCUGAGAAGUUUACUUCAGUUGGAGAGCCAGGAAGUACUGUAACAGGAAAAAGUACAAAGUUAAGUCCACAGCUUCCAAGAACUGCCAAGAUGCAGUCCCCUACAUCAAGUGGGACCAUGACAAAGUCUCCAAAAGUCAGAGGAAGCCCAAUUGAGACAGGGGAUUCAUUAGGUACUACAAGCCCCUCAGUCCCUGCUGUGAAAUCUGCCCUUGAUAAGACAUUGAGUGCCAGCAAAAAGAAGACCAAUGUACCUUCAUUGAUGCCUUCAGAAGAACCUCUCAGUAGAGAAGUUGCAAAAACCCCUGAACAUCUACCAUCACCUCUUAUACCCCUUCCACGAUCUGCCAAAAAACUUUCAUUGUCAUCUUCUUUUGACACCUCUGAAUUACUCCCAACCCCUCUAAUUCCACUUCCUUCAUCCAUAUCCCAUUCUCCAAGGAAGCAGGCAUUGCCAUCAAUGACUGCAUCCACUUCCAAAUCAGUGAAGAAAGUUGUUACAGCUACUUCAAAAGCAUCAAUUACUGGUGAGGGGACACCAGCAAAUGCCAAGAUGAAGAAUCAGCCUCUUCCUCCAACUUCAGGAGGUUCAGGUAGUCCAUCUCCUACAAGGCGCAUGUCUGCAUCCUCUCGCUCCUUCUCCAAAACACCUGCACAUAGCUCUGGAUUAUCCAGCUCCAAGAAGAGUAGAAUAUCUACACUUGCAGCCACUGAUGAGGGAACUCCAUCAAGCACUAAGACAAAGAAAGAGUCUCUUACACCAUCCUUGAGUGGUCCAGAAGAUAGUCCAUCCCCUAAGAGGCGUGUGUCAGCAUCCUCUCGCUCCUUCUCCAAAACACCUGCACAUAGCUCUGGAUUAUCCAGCUCCAAGAAGAGUAGAAUAUCUACACUUGCAGCCACUGAUGAGGGAACUCCAUCAAGCACUAAGACAAAGAAAGAGUCUCUUACACCAUCCUUGAGUGGUCCAGAAGAUAGUCCAUCCCCUAAGAGGCGUGUGUCAGCAUCCUCUCGCUCCUUCUCCAAAACACCUGCACGUCACUCUGGAUUAUCUACUUCAAAGAGUCAAGCAUCCAUUGGAACAAAAAGUUCAAGGAAACGCAAAUCUGUACCUGUUUUAGCAAAAAGUUCAAGGAAGCAUAUGUCUGUACCUGUUGGAAGUGCAAGGAAAUCUGUCUCUGUACCAAAACGUAGUUCUUGGAUAGUCACAUCAGUGACAACUGAGAAUUCCCUUCCUUUUAAGAGUAAGAAAUCUACUCCUGUGCAGAAAAGCAGUGAUCAUGGAAUACUCGCAGCCCAUGAUGAUGCAGGCACUUCAAUUCUCCUAAAUUCAACUGUUAAAAAAGCAUCAAAAACCCCAAAGAGUCACAAGAAAUCAACAGUCAAAAAGAGUACAGCAAAGAAAGGGAUGUUGUCUAUUGUCAAGUCAGGUGUGAAGUCAGGUCGAGUAAGUAAGAAGGUUGCCAGCACAAAGAAGAUGCUCUUUGCUGAUGUACUGAAGCAGAACUUGCACAAAGGAUUCAAACACUCAACUGCUCGUCGUCAGUUGGUACAGCCCAGCAAAAUGGUUCCUCUGAAGAAGAGAGUUGCAUUGAAGAAGCUGACUGGAUCUGUUAAGAAGAAGACAACCAGGCAUGGUGCUGUUGGCUCCACAGGCCAUGCCCUCUCUCCACCUGACAUUGUCAUUGGAAGAGUGGAUACCAGGAAGAAGCAGUCUAGUACUCCUCAUUCUAUAAGAAGACAAAAGAGCACCAGCAACCCGGUGAGGGAACCACUGGUGUCUGGGAAGAGCCAGUCUGGUACACCACAAUCUGCAAAGAAAGGACUGAGGAAAUCUAGUAUCAUGGGAAUGGAGAGCUUGGAGCUGUCAGGAACUUUUCCUGUAGCUCCUACACCUUCUCCCAAGAUGUCUACACCAGCAUCCAGACGAAGGGAGAGUCCAGCCAAGAUGGGUACACCUAAUAUAAAGUCUGCCUUGCAAGGAGUCAGAGGCAAGAGUCACUCAAGAUCCAAGUCUCUUGUCUUAGCAAGGAGAUCCUCUGUCAAGCAGCUCAAACAGAAGACACGAAAUUCCACCAUCACGCUUAUUCCCCAAAGCAGCUCUAGGGGUAGUGUAGAACUGACUCCUGCUUCAAGAUCAUUUGCAAAAACUCCAUCCUCUGGAGAUGCUACAACAUUUGAUUUUUCUGCUGCAGAAAGCCCAAAUAUCACUACUGAUAUCUUUGUCUCACCUAUUAAUGUCUCAUCUCAAUCCUCACCAUAUAAAAGCAGAAGAUCUGUUGAAAGAAGGAAGACAUUGACGCCAAAGGUUCUCUCCAGUUCAAAAAAACAAACUGUCAGCAUGCACACAUGGGAAAAACCAGUCAACCCACGAAUAUUUGAAUUGAAGUCUGGGGGACCUAGCAGUGUGAAGAAGACCAAAUCUGUGAAGCGCAAAAAAUCUGCCCGAAUCAGUGGUGUGAAGAAACUGUUUCAACGAAGUCCUGAGGCAGAUUACUCAAGCUAUGUUGAUGGCAUUGGAAGACUGAUGAGGAAUGACAACAAAUCACCUCUUGCAGAUUAUGAUACAUAUGUUGGGGCAGUGAGGCACCUGAAACACUUUGGAAAAGGUUCUCCAAAACCAGGUUAUAGCCAAGUAGGGGGAGUGAAGAAAUUGAUGGGCUCCCCCAAGUUGCAGAAGUCACCCAAAAGUGACUACUCCGAUGUUCAGGGUAUUCGAAGGCUGAUGACCCAACAGAGGACCCCUCCUGUAGAUUAUAGUAAUGUGGAAGGAAUUGAAGCUCUCAUGCGCUCUCCAAGGACAGGGCUACAGGUUGAUAAAGUUAAGGAAUCUCAGGCUUUUGGGCAGUCUCCAGACCUCAGUGGGAUAAGGACUUGGAUGAAGACUCCUAGGGAGAACACAUCAAGGCGAAGCAGUCAAGUUGUAGAUGAGGUUGCAGAACUAAUACGAAAGCCUCUCAGGAAAAGGGUGAAGGAAGCAUCACCCUCAGAGGAGGAUGAUAUGAGAGGUUCUGCUAAGAGAAGUAGAGGAGCUGAAGAGGCUAAACUUGUCACCCCACAGCCAAAUCCAGGAUCCAGUGAACCGAAGAAAGCAAGAGGGAGGAGAGGCAAGGCCCCUGAACCCUCCCCAGUGUCUGAACCCAAGAAGGGAGGUAGAAGAACAAGAGCUAAAGCAGCUGAUGGAAGCUUGUCACUGGAAUCUCAACACAUCCUACAUCCUACUUCAACCCAGGGUACCAAAAAUACACGUGGGAAGAGGAGUCGAGCAAAUGCCUCGGCCCCUGCAGAAAUCACAAGGGUGGGGUCAAGCCGGGCAAAGAGAACAAGCCCAAAGAAAGCUGCUGAUGCUUCAGAAUCACCUCUAGCAGAAAUGAAAGAAAGUAAAAUGGCCAAAAUUAUUGAACUCCCUCCUGUCUCUAAGCCCCCUGAGAGAAUAAGAAAAACAAGAGGGAAAACAGUUGACGCCAUUGUUACAGAAUCAUCUGAUGCUGGAAAGGAAGUUCCAACUUUGACCAGAGGCAGAAGACCAGUUCGAGCAGCAUCUGCAGAUGCAUUGUUGGUUGCCCCAAUGCAGGAGAAAACAAGAGCAAGAGGUAAGAGAGGUCAAGUGAAAACCUCUGACACAGCAGAUAAUGCAGAAGCAGAGUCAAGCCAGGUAAAGAAAACAAGGCAGAAGAAAGUAACUGAAGUGUCAGAAAUGCAUGAAACAAAGACUGCACAAAGCAAACCCUCUGUUUCUGAAUCUCCUAAAUCAAAGCCUUCCAAGAGAGGGGGUACAACUAGAGGGAAAGCAGUUAGUGCUACUGUUCAAGAGCCAUCAGAAACUGGUAAGGGAGCCCCAACAUUGACCAGAAACAAAACACUAAAGGAAUCAACAGAUGCAUCAAUUUCAAAUCAAGAAACGAAAAGCACCAGACAGAAGAAAGGCAAGCCUGCUGCUUCUGAUGUUGGUAAUGAUGGUGCCCCUUCAGCAGGGAAGCAACAAUCUCGUAGAGGCAAAGCUGUUAUUUCUGUUGAUGUAGCCCCCCCUUUGGCAGGGAGGCAACAAUCCCGGAGAGGCAAAGCUGUUGUUUCUGAGACUGUCAAUGAUGAAGCAGCCCAAUCAGCAGGGAAACAAAAAUCCAGAAGAGGCAAAGCUGCUUCUGUAUCUUUGGACAGCAAGGAAGAAUCUACUGAUACUUCACAACCCCAGAAGGGUAAAAAGGCUACAAGAAAGAGAAAGCAGAAGACUGCAAGUGGUGAAGGAGAUGAUGAGGUAUUCUCAAUUAAAAACAAAAUUGCCAAAGAAGAGGUUCCAAGCUCUCCUCCAAAAGCACAAAAGGGAAGGACCGUCAGGGCUCGCAAAGCUGGUCAGGUGCCAGAAGAAGAUAAAUCUUCCCUCCAACAGCAGGGCAAAGCUGCCACUCAUCGAGGCAGGGGGAAGGCAGAAGAAAAGCUGGGAGGAAAACCUGUACAGUCAAAGUCUCCAGUGAAGUCUCCACCAAAGCGUGUAACAAGAACCCGCAAGAAUCAUCCUUAAUCUCAAUCCCCCCCC